UUCUUCAUGUGUACUGAAUCAAUGUUGUAAUUUCGUUAUUCUAAUUUCUUAAUUAGUAUAUUGUCAAUGUCGUAAUUUUAUCAUUCAAAUUUCGUAAUAAGUACUAUGUCAAUGUUGGGGAAUAUAGCCGUUGGGGAAUAUAGCGGUUGGGGAAUAUAGCCGUUGGGAAUAUAGCGGUUGGGGAAUAUAGCCGUUGGGGAUAUAGCCGUUGGGAAAUAUAGCCGUUGGGAAAUAUAGCCGUUGGGAAUAUAGCGGUUGGGUAAUAUAGCCGUUGGGAAUAUAGCCGUUGGGAAUAUAGUCGUUGGGGAAUAUAGCCGUUGGGAAUAUAACCGUUGUUUCUCUUAUUUAUUCAUGCCAUAUUUCAUUCAUUUCAACAUUCAACAGUUCUUUCGUUCUCUCAUCUUGUAUUCCUCCUAUCAAAUUACACCAAUAUUUUGUCAUUUGUGCCAUAUAAUGGAUCCAAACAAUUUACCCGACUGGAACACAUUUUACAACGAAUGUGUGGAGGAUUUUAUGAAUGACACGUUCGUUGAAGAUAUGAUGCAGCAGGAGAUGGAGUUCUAUCAACAACAACAACAACAUGCCAACACCGUUAGGCCCAAGAAAACAAGAAGAGUAAUAAAGAGAGAUCGUAAAGCUGGGAACGAGCGGUUGAUGAAGGACUACUUCUCUGAAAAUCCUGUAUACACGGAAGAGCUUUUCCGACGAAGGUUUCGAAUGCGAAAGCAUGUGUUCCUCAGAAUUGUAGAGGCCCUUGGGUCUUAUAACCCGUACUUUUUAAUGUCCGUUGAUGCAGUUGGAAGACAAGGUCUAUCACCAUUACAAAAGUGCACCGCCGCUAUUCGUAUGUUAGCGUAUGGAUCACCUGCUGACAGUGUUGAUGAAUACGUUAGAAUUGGUGAAAGUACUGCAAUUGAGUGCUUAAAGAAUUUUGUAGAAGGUGUGUGUGAAGUAUUUGGUGGGCAAUACUUGAGGCGUCCAAACGAGGAAGACAUGACACGCCUACUUCAAUGGGGGGAGUCUCGUGGAUUUCCAGGUAUGUUAGGUUCCAUUGAUUGUAUGCAUUGGGAAUGGAAGAAUUGUCCAGUUGCGUGGAAAGGUCAAUACACCCGAGGUGAUCAUGGAAGACCCACAAUCAUGCUUGAAGCAGUGGCAUCACAAGACUUGUGGAUUUGGCAUGCAUUUUUUGGCAUUGCAGGCUCAAAUAAUGACAUUACUGUGCUAAACCAAUCUCCGGUGUUUAAUGAGGUUUUGCGUGGAGCUGCUCCCAUGGUGAAAUUUAGAGUGAAUGAAACAAUGUAUCACAUGGGAUACUAUCUAGCAGACGGUAUCUAUCCCGAGUGGGGUACAUUUGUGAAGACCAUCCCAAUGCCACAAGGAGAAAAAAAGCAAAAGUUUGCCAAAAGACAAGAAGCAGCAAGAAAGGACGUGGAACGUGCAUUCGGAGUGCUCCAAUCUCGGUUUGCGAUUGUCCGUGGUCCAUCACGCUGGUGGCAUCCGAAUGACAUGAAGUCAAUCAUCUAUGCUUGCAUCAUAUUGCAUAACAUGAUUGUUGAAGAUGAGCGCAACACGUACAAAGGUAAUUUUGUUUAUGAGCAGGUCAAUAAUGACAUAUCGGAUGCUGAAGUAUUAAGCGGUCCUAUUCCCGCUUUUAGAAAUAUGUUGGAAAGGAGAGCACAUCAAAUUGAAAAGUCAAUCCAUCGCCAACUUCAAGCAGACUUGGUGGAGCAUAUCUGGGACCUUCCUGAAAUCGAUAAUAAUGAAACUUAAUCUUCACGCCUUGAUGUGUAUUUCGUUUCAAAUGUAUUGUUGUUUAUUUUUCAUUCUCAUGUAUUUCCUUUCGUAUUUAUUUUGUUAAUGUAAUGUAUUAAGGUCUCUCUUAGGGAUUGUUGUACUCUUUUUCCUUCACUAGGCUUGUAUCCCAAUUGGGCUUUUCCUAGUAAGGUUUUAAUGAGGCUCUCUCUCUCAA